AUGAGUCCCGCUUCAUCGGGUUCUUUAAAUCGAGCCGAGGGAUCCACUUCACCGAUCGACUCGGCAAAUCGAAAUGGCAGUGCCAGCUCGGCGAACUCCUCAAGCUCCAUCACUCCGCACAGAUCAACCAGGGGUGCCUCAAAGCAAAGACGCGAUCAAAUCAAUGUGGAGAUCGGCCGAAUGCGAGAUCUUUUACCGCUCUCCGAUUCAAUCAAAGAUCGUCUAUUUCAAUUACAAGUGAUGAGUCUCGCGUGCAUCUUCAUUCGGAAGCAUCGAUAUCGACCUCAUGUGAUCCCCGAAGUGAUGCCAUCAGAUUCAUCAGAUCCAUGCACUUCGACAUCUCUCCCGUCCAUUCCCACUCCAUCUCUCACUCUAUCUCGAUCGCUCGAUGCUGGCAAAACCCUUCGCGGUUUUCUCUUUAUGACAACGAAAUCCGGCAAAGUGUUGUACAUAUCGGAGAAUGCGAGCGAGUAUCUUGGACAUUCAGUGGAAGAGAUUAUGUGCCAAGGGGAUUCUCUCUAUGAUAUGGUCGAUUGUCGAGAUCAUAUGGCAUUACAAAAUCUUUUGGGAGCCGGUCCACCGGAGAAAGAAAAUUUCCCUGAUGACAAGGUGUUUUUGUGUCGGAUGAAUUUAAGUCGAACCGCAAAACGACAACUACAAUUUCAUAAGGUGUUCUUGUGUCGGAUGAAUUUAAGUCGAACCGCAAAACGACAACUCCAAUUUCAUAAGUUUGUUCUCUUUCACGGUCGCUACGUUCAUUCGGCUGAGUACUAUGCGGCGAACAAUGCACCGAAUAGUUGUAUUCAGCCAAUAUUCGCCGCUUUUUGUCAACCAUUGUUGAAUCCGGAGAACGCGGAAAUGUUGGCCACGGGGAACACGGACGCUUUCUCGAGUCAACACUUUCUUGAUAUGAAAUUUAAAGAUAUGGAUAAUACAUUCAUCGAGCAACUUGGUUACACAAGAUGUGAACUUUUGGAUAUUUCGUGGUACAAUCUCAUUCAUCCAGAACACGUUGCCGAUCUUGCAUAUAAACAUCGAUUAUUAAGCGAAGAGAAAGAGGGAUCCGUGUUGGCGCUGAUGAAAAUGCAGAAAAAGAACGGCGAUUGGCUUUGGCUGCAUUGUGUGAUGUCUGUGAGAUCGUCCGCCGGCUCAACAGAGGGAGACUCGAGGCGACAACGACACACCAUCCACAUGGCACACCAAAUUGUUGGUGAGAAUGAGGCAAUUGCCCUACAGGCAAACGGUUGGAUCUACAGCAUGAGACACAGCUAUCCAACAUCGUUCACAAAUCAAGACUCUCCCGAGUCACUUCCCGCUGAUCGACCCGCUAGUCCGACUUCCCCGUUUGCAACGGCACAGCCUUUUGGCCUGACAAUGCUCAAGCCAGAGCCUCCUUGUUAUCCAUUCCCUACUCACAUUCCUCAUCCCUCGCUCUUUGCCAUCGAUUGCUCACAGAUCAAAGUCGAAAUCCCAAUGAAGGGUGUGCCACCUCCACUGUGUCUGAUCACUCCCGAACACUCAUCGCCCGAGUCAUCCUCUUCUUUUCCAUCGCAUUUCACCGACGUGAAACGGGAUCUCGAUUUGGAUGCAAACAAAAACGUUCUUGAUGGAGUAUCUGAUUUGAUACGAGCCGUUGAUCGAAAUGCACUACCUGAGCUCCGGGAUCUCGAUGAGUUUUUCAAACAGGAAGAGUAUGCGACGAGUUCGUUGAGCUCUCAGGAAUCGUCACCAAAUGUCCGACAUCCAUUUCAUUUCUCUCUACCAAAUCCCACGACAAUCAUCGCUCCUACACACUUGCCAUUAGCGGAAAUGAUGACCCCAAUGGGUGGUGCUCUUGGCCGUCUGCCAACAUUAGAUGGAUCUUGUCUUCCCUUUGGUUAUCCACCAUUUUCAUCGCCAUUUCUCACCCCACAACCCCCACCAAUCAAUCCAACAUUCUAUAGUCGAAAACGAAUCGGAUCGUGGACGGGAAUGAUG